UUAUUUUCUCUAUAUUUUUUUCUUCUGAACAUAAAAAAGAACUUUUAAAAUCUUCUAACGACACAAGAAUGGAGUCAAGUAACUCGAAUAAAGAGAAUUACGAUCCCGUCAGAAGAAUUUUUUCAAAUUCCGGCGAAGAUGGAUAUUUACGUCAAAGGGUGAUUAAAAAUACUUUAAAUCCUUCACGAAAACGUGGUCGAAAUCCUUUAUCUGAAAUUUGCACAAACAUUUUAGACGAAACUCUAGAAAUCGAAACCGAAAUUAUUCAAGAACAAAUUACUCAUCAACAAGAAGUCAAUACUACAACGACAACAAGGAAAAAAAGAAAAAAAAAGUUGUCCUUGUGCUUGCAAAAAGUUCUCAAAUGA